AGAUCAAACACGUAGAAAGGAGAAUAUUCAAUAUUGUAGUAAAAACAAAGCGGAACCACGCUAGUGAAGCCGGAUAGCCCUCACGCCAAGUCCGUCUAGGCCUGUACGUUUUUCGUGUAUCGACUGCCAGCUCAUAAGAACUAGUCUGUACGUAGAACCAACUGCGCACGCCCAAAACGCCAUGCCGACCUACCCGUAUCAGACCACAGCGCCCCGCGCCAGCGGGCACUCGCGGGCUAGCAGUCGUGCUCCCUCGCCUUCCAUGCUGCCGGGGUUCAAGCCGCCACCGUUGGGAAGUACGAAUUUGAUUCAACGACAUUUAUGAUCUUUUCAUCGACGCAACUCGUGUCAAUGAUGUGAAUCUAGAUCAGAAAAAAGUCGAAGUGCACCACGAUUGACUCUGACUGUGAGCAGCAAUUUGACCGACGUUCUUGCAUGAAAAAAAAAAAGAUUUUGAAACCUCAAACAACGCAGCCAUCAUCGCCCCUCCUGGUCUAGUUCCGAUUCCCUCGAAGUUUAUCGCGUCUCCCUUUGAGCGACGGGGUUCCAACACCUCCUUCGAUCCAAAUGUCCGGCGUCACUCUAACGACCCGAUCUCGAAGUCCCACUCGGAGGUCAUCGUGGGCACCGGUCCGGCGUGUAGCAGCAGCGCAAACUUGGCGAUCCUCGGUGCGGGAGGAGCAUUAGUUGGCACCUCCACUUCGCAAACGUACCUGAGGCCUACCACCCGCAACGCGAUGAGCGCCAAAGCGUCACCCACCGGUCUGCAGCCGGUCUUUCCCGUACCGUCAUCAAGUGUGAGUACUAAGCCAGGACUUCCGCAAGAGUACCACGGAAACAAGGCUGCUUCUCCAGAACAAGAAAACUUCUCGCAGUCCCAAUCCGCGGGGGAAUUCUAUUUCUACCAGAAGAGCAAGUCCAAUCCGGUGAACGCGCGGCCCCGGCCGCGAAACCAGCCGUUCCACAGCUUUCCCGCUCACGAAAACAGCACGUCGGCGCGGUCCCCGUCCACGUCCACCUACGAGCAGCUCUGGAUCGCUUCGCGGGCACAAUCCAGGGAAGUUCUGCAGCAGCCGACGGAUCAUGUUGUUCACGGAAACAAGAUGCAAAGAGCGUAUCAAAUACAGCAGGAGCAGCACCACGUGGCAGUAGAAGAACCACAGGCCGCGCGGGUACAACAGCAUCCACGUGUAGUGCCAUCUUCACACUCCGGGCGUUCUCCAAAUGAGCUGCAACAACAUCUCCCACUGCCACAAACAGUAACUUCGAGUGACUUUGUGCCGCAGAGCUGCAACCACGUCCAGCGUGGCCGGUCUCGCGAACAAGCGAGCAAAAAUAGCUACCAACACAUCGCGUGCUCGCCGGGUGGCGGGGUGGUGGAACCGGUUGGCGCGACAGGUGCGAUGAAUAGCGACGCAAACAAUAACUUUGAGGACGUUUACCCGCCGAUGGAGAAAAAAGAGAGUAAACAAGCUGAUAAUCCGAAAAGUCACCAGAUCUCGCAUGGAAAUAACCGGUCUCGCAGCAACAGCAGCAAUUUCAACCCCAACCAAAACUUCGGACUCGCUAUUCCGCAGAUGCUCUUACCCGGCAGCAGUGUGCUGGCGCCGGCGGGUGGGCUGAAGACAAGCGGCAGGAGAAACAACAGUCCCCAGGACAACAACUUCGGCGUGUACAACUAUGGGGGAGGAGCUGGCGCUGGUGCUGGUGAUCAUGAUUACAACAACAUUAACGUCGGCCCAGGAGCAGCGUUCGACAUCAUCGACGACAUUGCUGACGCGUCUGAUCCAACCGUCCCCCGAAUGUUGAGUCACCAGAUGAACUACGACUAUCGAAGCAGUAAUAGAGCGAAUAAUCACAAGAACUCUUCGAAGAGCAAUUCCAAUUCCUUCACCGAAUUUUCCCUGACCGAGAGGUAUCUCAGAGAAAAAGCCUAGCAAGAGGAGGUCACGUGCUUUGUGCUGCAGAUAAAAUAGGUACACGAAUAAAAGGAGACGGAAAACCCUGCUUUGCAUAGCCGAAAAGCCAUCCUAAUAUGGGCCCGCCCACGACCCCUUUUUUUUGCCUGUUGUUAAAUUUGUUUUCGCAUUAUAGCUGCUACCCUGCUAGCUUAUUUUUUCUCGUUGAUAUGAGGUCCAUCAAGGAAUGGGAAAAGAUCGUGAAGUACCGCGAAACCGACCUCGUGAAGCGGAAGGAGUCCGUGAUGGAAAGCCGCGCCAUUCUGGAGGACCGGCUGAUGCUGCGGGAGCGGAUUCUGAACGACUGCCAAAAGGUCGCGCGGAACGGCUACACGCACGAGAAGCAAAUUCAGAAUCUGGUGCUGGAGACGCAAGCGCUGGCGAACGAAAUCCACCGGGUGGAAACAGAGCGGGGCGAGAAGGAGAAGAGGUUUGAGGAGAAAGAGAUGGCGGAAUUGCGGCAGGAGAAGAGAACGUGGAUCCAGGAACACGUCGAAAAAUUGGAAAAAAGCAACGAAGAAUUAAAAUCCGAGCUCGCGAAGGAAAAAGAAACCUUCGAGCAAACCGGCCUUUCUUGGAAGCAGAAGUUCAAAGAGUCCAAGAAGGAGCUGGAUCAGUCCUUGAAAGAAAAGCAGACACAGCUGAAGCAGCUGCAGAAGGAGUUAGAAAAGCAAGAGUUCGACACGAAGUUGAAAAAAGACGAGGUCCUGUACCUGCAACGGAAAAACGGGGACCGGAAGGUGGCGCUGGACGAGGCGAGGGGAAUUUUGGAAGAACAAAUCUUCGUCGCGCGGUCCGCCAUGAGCCGACACGUCAAGCGGGAUUAUGGUAUUUUUUAUGUGCUGCUCGCUGCUGUUUAGACUCUCACGAUGUUGCCCCCUCUCUUCUACGUCGUAGCUUAGCUUCAAACUAGCCCCCCCCCCCCGUAACUAAAGCAGACCCCCGGUAGUAGUUCUCCGAGCUGUGCGUAAAAGAUGAAGUAGCAGUAGGGUAGCACUAGCCCUAGCGUAGCUCCGGUACCCGCAGUUAGAUUUAGAAUGGUUAGUAGCCGCAGUUAGAUUUAGAAUAGGAAUACUACAUACAUACUACCUCUCUGAUGUUUGCCGCUUUUCUGCCGUUCGGAUUGGCAGAUGAAGCAGGAACAAUAAGUAGGAAGAUGCGCCGUCGCCGAUCGAUCUUGACACUGCUCACCAUCAGGCGGCGCGUGCUGCUUUUCGUGCGAGAAAGCAAGAAAGAAAGUUGCAUUUUCGGUCCAGAUGAAAAGUGAUCGGUACAACGUUCACAACACGACGUCGCUUUGAUACAGAGAAUCAUUUCUAUCGUGCAAGUGAUCGUCAUCGUACUAAGACCAAUCGUACAACAGCAAGAUGAGAGCGUGGCUGUGAUACCGUGCACGAAUGAACCUGAUCUGGUAACCAACGCGGGCAUCGGUUUUAGAAGGGCGUAGCUAUCGAUGCCGUGCUAUUGACGCUCCACCUGUAGUACAACUCACUCGAAGAUGUUUUUUCACACAUAUCAUCAAGACGCUUUAUCAGAUUUACGCUCGGCUCAUCACAACCCCCUCAACAGGUCCCCCCCGCUUGAGUGAGAGAUAUUUUCUACUUGUCGAUCCUCAUCAUGUGCAUUCAUCUACGUUUUCCACGUUUGCAUGAUGUACUUAGCUGCAAGAACGCUAGAGAAUAGAAAUUGCGCUUCAGUGGUGUUAGAAGUAGUUGUAGAGAGAGAAGAGGCAACACGCAACAGGAACACUCGGUCUAUGCAGAAGUAUAAGUGUUUUCGUCUUCUCGUCGACUUCUUACUGGAUCUUGAUCUUCGGCAUGCCUCGUCCACAACCUAGGCUUGCUUGGUGCAGCCUGUGGCAGGUUCGAAAACCACCAAAACAACACGACCAAGAUGGCCGCUCGCUUUCGCUUCCAGGAGGACCCGGAAUAAUAAAUGACGUGACGUCCACCUCGUUGCACUUCGUGCCUCGUGUCUUUGCUUCAUUGAAGACGAGGACAAAGAUCAUACGUGCCAAAAUCUCCGUCAAAACCGUCCGCACGCCCUCGAUCAUCAAAUGGAAAAUUUAGAUCGUGCUUUCACCGUCGUCGUGAUCGAUCGUCAACAUCUGCAACGGGCACUAGCACAACUUCAUCUCCGUCCUGCUCGAGAUCACACGCGCUGCUCGUGAGAUUAUGGAUCGCUUCUUCUAAGGACCUCGCUUGCAACGUACUAGAAGUGAGUCUGUCAACGUCAUCGUUUAGAGGAUCGGACCGCUCACGUUCAUCACUGUAAAGCUCAGAAGGAUCUGAAUCGUCGUGAUGCGUAAGUAGAACAUCGAGAAACUACGCGGUCCAUCGUCCAAGAUCAUCUGCAACGUGGUCUACAACCGUCCAGGAAACAAAGCUACGUCCCUGAGUCUUCAAGUAUCUGCCGCGCGUCAAGAGGAAGAGGUGUCAACGUCGAGAAGAAGAAGCGUAGGAAAAAUGGUCGAGAUGGAGAGAUCAUGCUUUCAGUCCUUCGUCCUUAGUUUUGUACAAACUACAGGUUUGCUGGCCCGGCGAAAUCCGACCUGCGUGCGGUAAGCUGGGUCAGGGAAGGGCUGAGGAUCGUAUUCGUGAUCGUAGCACUCUUGCGUCACAUUUACGUUCUUGUGUGCCGAGAUGAAAGGAGCUGCAGCUGUAGAGGAGAAGAAAGCCGUAUUUAUCGUGCUGGUCGUGGGGAGACUAUAGUGCUGAGAGGAACUACACCCGUACCAAACAUCCGUGCUCUGCUGUCCUGGAAACCGUGCAUUGACCAGAGCGAAGUCAGUUGGAUGUGGAACGUUGAAGGAAAUCGGUGACGCUAGUCCUAGUCGUGCCGUAGCGUACUCUCACAUCGUGGCGCUGAAGGCAGCACUCGAGUGCAGAAGUAGAUCUUGUCGCGCGCCGUCCAGCCAACUCUUCGUCUCGCUCGUUCCUAUCUGCGUCCAGCCUCUACUACGCGCAGAUCGCACAGAACGAGUUGACUUUUUUUUUCGUGAAGGAGAUUUUGAAUGGGUUUGCUUUUCUCCCGUACUGGUACUUCAGCUUGGCCUUGGCGUUACCUCUACUCAUCACCACCUUCAAGCUUCUCUAGUUUCACUUCUACUUCUUUCGAUCGAGAAGACCUGCUUCGCAGUAUCUCACUAUUAUUCACAGAGGGCGACGAAACACCGCGAGGGCGAAAAAUUUCACAAGGAGAAAACCGCGAAACCUCCAUGGAUCGGCUCCCAUUCCGAGCCGAAACCCCAGGGCAAACGGUCCCCAUUCCGAGCCUAUACCUCCGGGCAAACGAUCCCCAUUCCAAGGCUAUACCUCCGGGCAAACGAUCCCCAUUCCAAGGCUAUACCUCCGGGCAAACGAUCCCCAUUCCGAGCCGAUACCUCCGGGCAAACGAUCCCCAUUCCACGCGAACGAUCCCCAUUCCGCUCUUUUUUAUCAUACCGAGAAAACCGCCCGCCAAGUCAAACCUACUUCGUGCGAGUGUGCAUGUAGUUGUGGACACGCAUCAGGAAAUCAGAGAGAGCGCUUCCUGUUUGUCUUCGCUGGAGCUUGCUUAUUAUCACAUACCAGCACACCAGUCGCGGACCGGUCGUAGUGCUUUUGUUCUGAAAUCACGCGAGACCACAACUACAUGUGCGCGAGCAGUGAAUUUGGCUUGGCGCCGGAAGCUCUUGACUUUGCCACUAUACCCCAUACCUCCGCAAGUCGAUCCCCGCAUGACAAGAACACCACCUCCGGGAUUCGAACCCCCAACCUCCGGGAUUCGGUCCCCCUUCCAUUUUGGGCCCUGCGUCGAGUAUCACCUGGAAAAGCUUGCUGCUUUCUGUUGGUUUUGCAUGGAUGUUGCGCACAGUGUAGCACUUUUAUUGCACACAGCUGAGGCUGUGUUCGUUGGGGCUGGCGACUCCUCUUCGUGUUUCGAGGGCGCGCUGGCUCUGAAUCGAUAUUAUGAUAUUAGCGCACAAUUGUGGGCAUACUAGUUUCAAUUUCUUUGUUGUGCUUGUGAGCGAAACGAAAAUAAAGUUGCACGGACGGGACAAAAUCAGAGCAGAAGCAGGCAGGCUUUUUCAAAUCCUUAACAAAAUCCGAAGUACUUGCGGUAAGAUGCGGGGCCGACGGCCACGUGGGUGUAAUCCGACGUACGUGCGUAUGACGCGCAAUUUUUCGAGUGAAACUUUGCAAGGGGGGUUUUGUAUGCUGAUUUGUUGCAGCAGUUUCUGGAAAGAAUUUUUGCAUAACUAUUUCCGCCAUCACCAACACAAACUAACCACGCUUGUUUUCUCUCCUUCGCGUUCAGCAACUUGUUCUCGGGCGGAGGAUCGGCAAUCUAGAUUUUUGCUACUGUAUGUUCACUGCGCGAAGAAGUAUAGGCUGCGGAAUUGCGUGGUAAGAGGAAACAACUACACACUGCUGCUCCAUCUUGAAGGCAUCUGCUGCAACAGAAACGACACAAAAGCCCUCCCUCCGAUUUUUACCUGCCCUUCCAUACUCGGGUAAACCUCGUGGCCACGUCGUGACACAGCGGCAAGGGUUUAGGGUUUUAGCGGUUUAGGGUUUAUUUCUAUCCGGCGGCGACUCGCAACGCAGAGAAGCGCCAGCCUCGUCGGGUUUGCUGUUUGUUUUUCCAGUCGAAGUAGUUCUCUGUGUUGCUGGUGUCCUGUAGUCGGUUCUCGACAUCAACAUUCUUGUCAAGGUGAUCUACAUGUCGAUCUAGAAGAUCAUGAUCCCAAACUACUACGACGACAAAGUAGUCCCAGAUCCAUACUAAACCACCAGAGGAGGGGGAGACAGACCGACGACGUGAGGAGUCCUGUUGGUCCCAGAAACGUGACAAAACCCAGCCAGUGACGGAAACGGAAGAAGAUCGCUGCCAAUGUUUCGAUCAGGACGAGCGCGGCAUUCUCGUCGUGCAAAGAAGAAUCGGAAGCAGAUCUAUAGUGCCUUUUUCUUUUCAAUCUGAUGAUCCAGUUGGUCGCUCCAGUCAAAGCAUUUUGUCAGGGUGGAGCGUCGUCUUGUCAGUUGUAAAAAAACGUAUAGCAGAAGCGCAGAGAAUUGUGAGGGCUCUCCCGUAGGUUCUAUCAGGUCCAGCGCCAUUAUCGUGCAAGAUCGUGCCUAGUACUGCUGUCGUGGAGGAGUUUGCUUUCUGAUCAUUUUUUUCGUUUUGGAAAACUAGAAGCAAGAAGAACGGUCGUUCUGCAUCUACUUACAUACUGUCACGUGACAAGUAAGCUGUCGAGAUCGUCCUGAGUCAUUUUGAGCCGAUCAAGCGUCCUCGCGAUUGCAGUGCGCGAACCAAAGUCUGGAAGUCUUUUCUGUGCGCUCAGAAGGUCUUUUUUUUUUUUCGCGGCACUUAUUUUUGAACUGGAAAAAAGUCGGAAGUCGUUUAUUUGAGUCUCGCAGAAAGAAUAGAGAAACUCACUUUCACCGUUGUCGAAUGUCGGAGUAAGUCAUCGUUCUUCUAGUCAUAGUUACUUAUCAGUUAGUUUGGUGUGGUUUGUAGUUGAUACUAUUACUCUUUUUGGCUCCGAGAACAAGUAGUUGCUCGUGUCGAUUCAUCAAGAAAGAAGUAGUUGCGCAAGAAGACUGAAAAUCGUCAUAAUGCUAAUAGUAAUACAUCUUUGGUUGAUACCGUAGUUGCCGUUCUGUGGACAAGUUUGUGAAUAGAUGAAUAUGGAAAAGGAAUUAAUACCCGCCCCACGCACACAAUAAGAAGAGCCGGGAUAUGCUGAGAUCUCACAUUAACCUCGUGGUAGUAUCCCUGCACGAACAAUAUCGAUAUUCCAAGAUAUUUACCCUUCCCCAAUCAUGGAUGGAUAAUGUUAAUAUUGAAAAGUGAAGCCUACCCCAGUAAACCUAAACACGAUGUCAUCUGACGAACCUCUCUUGAUGAACGAAUGAACAAAAAAACAAUUUUUGCACAAAUAAAUCGUAUAUUACAAAAAAAUCUAACUCUUUAGCCCGCGCCGAGACCGAGGAGCAAAAAGCGGUCGAGGUAAAGUCGAGCACUUCGCUGGGCGAGAAAAAGUUAGAAGAAGACCUCCACACCUUCGAGUCCGCAAAGGUUCGGAGGAACGAACAGGCCGAGCAAAUGGACGAAGAACUGCUUCGGUUAAGCCAAAGGGAGGAAGUGUUGUUCGCACUGAGAUCGGAAAUUCUGGAUUUGAUCCGCGUCAUCAACAUCGAUGAUUUGCCGCCAUGGAAGUUAAAUGCCAUGAGUCGGUCUAGAAACGCGACUCCGCGGAAUUCGCAAAACUUAACCAGCAGUGUACAAAGUGCCGUCUUCGGGUUAAUGGGAAGCAACAUGGGAAGUACGUGCAUGUUACUUUAUUCCACCUGCUGCCUGCUUUUGUGCAUAAAAUAGUAGGAUGUUUGACUGUCCUGUAUUUGGUUUGUAGCGCAAGCGCGUAUACUUGAUUUGAUAAGUUUGUUCUUUAUUCUUGUUGUACUUGUAGGUAUCCACAAUCCGCAAGCAGACGACACAACUCUGGACGAGGCCGCGAAAUUCCUCGAAAAAAUCCAGAACAUCCACGACGAAGAGGCGGCGGCUGUGUACAGAGAUUAUAGAGUUUUUUGCCGCAGAGCAGAAUUUGAAUUUCGGUUUUUCGUUUGUGAGUCGCGCACUUGUGGUGUAGCUAGUGAUUGUGAAUUGUGUUCUGUUUCUUCGUGCGUAUCCGUAUCCUGCGUGACAACCACCACCACAAUAUCCAAACCCAGCAAGCACUUCCGCGAGCUGUGUGUGUCUUCCGUAGCCGCCCGCGACCGGAUCCCCGCGGACGUGGAGGUGAGCCACGCGGGGCGGAUUUCCGGCAGCUGCGCCGCGGUGCUGCGGGCGCGAAACCGUCUGUCGGAAAAAUACGGUUCGGAGGCAGAGCAAAUCGGGGCUCAGUGCGAAUUGUUGCCGGACGAUAGCGACAUGGUGUCGUGGGUUUCGGUGAAUAGCGACGUCGAGGAAGAUGAAGAAGGUGAUGAUUGUGAAGGUAAUUGCCCGGGCGAGGACCAUGGCAAAGAGACCGAGGUCGUGGUUGAAGCGCAAGCAGUGGUCGUGGAGACUUCUACAAGUCGUGCAGGAGAUGAUUUUUACGACCAGAACGGCGCAUCUUCAAGAAACGUGAACCAAAUCCACAUCGCUGAACACGAGAUUGAGGUAGAGGUCGAACCGGAAGUAGAUGUGGAUGGGAAGCAGCAGCAGGGAGCAAUCGUGGAAGUAGACCAAGAUCUUCAUCAAGAAGAAGUGCAGCCCAGCCCAAUCCACGACGGCCCGGAUGAUUUUUCCUUCGGACAGAAGCACUCCGCACGAACGGACGUCGCUGGAGAAGUACUCUCGACAGAGAGGGAGGAUGAGCAAGAAAAUGAAAAUGUUAAGCGAAUAAACGUCAUCACCGUACCCGCUUCCGCUGUUGCAGCGAGCAUGCAGCAUGGCCAAAUGAACGUCCUGCAGAGCUCUAUCGGUACUACGAGUUCCAACGCGACAACACUGCUCACCGCGACGGCACUCGCUGCGAAUUUGAACAUGGUCACGCCAAGGUUCGUGAGUCCGGGCAAACGCGGGGCGACACAGGUGAGAUGUUGGUUUUUACUCAUGAAAGUGAUGAUCAUCUCACUCGAAGUCAAAUCAGUGCGGACAAGCAUUGGCAGCUUUUGUAAUAGAUGCCAAGUUGUUGUUGUUCCAUUUAGCCUACGCAUGACUUUCUCUUUAUUGUGCGUCACAAAGACAAAUACAAAUAAAGGUGGACUCCAAAGCCAGUUCAGAGGCCGCCUACUUCGGAGUUUCGGAAGGAACGCCCGACACGUUGAACCUCUCUAUGACGCCAAAUUUUGUGGGAAAUAGUGCGGUCACAGUGGAAGAAACUUCCACAAAUGGUGCGACACAGCCCGUUACUGGACCGCAGCAGGUAGAAUUUUUUCGCGAUUUUUGUUUUUCUGCCAGAUAUAAAAGGAGAAAUCUGCAUACGUUUUUCGUUCGAUUUUAUGUCGCAAACAAAUAAAAAAGCAUGAGCGAAAAACUCAGCAGAUCGUCCACUCUGCGUCCGCAAAGUCGAUCAUGCAACACGGUCCAGCAGGACCACUGGAACAAGCGCCGCCACUGACUGCGCCACAGCCACAGCAGCCGGCGCAAGUCCCGAUGGCGCCGGAAAGGAGUAGAUUCGUAGGACACCAUUCGUCCACGCCAUCAGCUGGAGCAGGUCCAGCUGCUACUACAGCCCCGACGACGAACUCCUCUAGUCGGCAGCGCAGCCGCAGCACGAGCCGUGAUUUCGCCGAGUGGUGCGCCUCGAAGGAUUUCGCGAAAGCAGUUGUCGCGCCGACGAUUCUGCUCGGCCCAGGAAUCGGCUCUUCAACCGUGUCCUACGGAGCAAGUUUUGGAGCGGCGACUCCAACUGGUGCCGUCAUCUCAGCAUCCACUUCUGCAGUGCCCGCAGCAGCAGCUGCUGGCCCAGCAAGCAGAAGCGCGUCAGCAGAAAUGAUGGUACGCACGAAUGUCACAAGAACCUCGAGUGAGACGGUCACGCCGACCGGUGCUACGACGAUGGCAGCUAGCAACAGUGGUUUCUUCAAAAAGACUAUCAUGCCAACCCCCCAGCAGCAACCCCAGCUGUACGCGAAAGUGAUCAAGACGCAGAGGCCGCUCGUAGAACACCAUGCGUAGAAGACAGCAGAGGGUACCAUGUUGGGUAGAACGAAUGAUGUGCUACUAAUUAAAACAGAGUACAACCGUGAUAAAACUACAGUUGUUACCGUGAUCAAACAGUUAACACUACCGUGACUAAUCAUGAGAAUCGCAAUGGGUUAUUCAAGGAAGAAUCUUCGAUGGUAGCUGCGAAUUUCAAUUUGCUAUCGAUACGGGAGAUGAUGAGAUUUCUGAAAUAAAUGUGAGCUUGCCGCAAUCGCAAAUUGCGCCGCUUCUUGAUCCUCCAUCAGGUUUGUUUUUUCAAAAACAAAAACUGAUACCUAGCGCUGUGAUGAAUGAAUCAUCUUCUACGAUUUGAAAGAAUUGCGACUAUCGGACGAUAGAACAAGUUUCCUGACGAGCUAUAAUUAUCUUCGCUUUGUCGCUUUGAGUCCUGGUUGGUACUAGAAAUAUCUAUGCGCAUCAACGAGAUACCAAAACCAAAAGAAAAAGAAUUAUUGUGCUGGUAGAAAAGCAUCGUGUUUAAGUUCAUGGGUCGCCACUUUCGAUCUAUUCAUUCACGAGCUUUACUGCUCGUCAGCUGUUGACGUAAUUUCUGUUUUCCGACACGUCGACCUUGACUUGUUAGGAGAAAAAACGCAGCUUUUGACGUCUUGUACUCGUUAUGAAGAGGAAAAAAACAAGUGAAGAUCUAAAAGAUAGAAAACAGUGCACAAGAGAAGAGUUCUUUACGCAAUUACAGUGAUGAGAGAAACGC